CAUGCAGCCAACGCGUCGUCGCCCAUCCAUCACCACCACCACCACCACCACGCUGCGUGCCAUCCCCAGCCAUGGCUGCCUUUGCGCAUUUCCUCAAGGCGUGCUUCCCCCCGCACCCCGACUCGCGUGCACGCUGUACUAACUGGGAGACGGAGCGAGGCGGGGGUGGCGUAGGGCUGCAUAUCGCCAAGAGUUCGAUUAUCGAUUCUCCAAGCUAAACCAUGUCAUGACGGAAGUGAUUUUCGCGUCGACCAUCACCCACGGCGGAAUGAAGUGGCGCGCUGCUGUUCGAUGCGACCCUUCGAUGCGACCAUGCGAUGCUCCUACCGAACCUUGACGAAUGCCGUAUCUCUAUCGCGUCCUGCACCUCGACAAAUCCUAUUUCCUAGCGCAUCUCGACGAUGUCUUGCCACGGUCCGUUCCACGAAGAAGAAAAGACGUAGCAAGGACGAGGGGGCGAGUCUGCAGAUCCCCUCGGAAGCCCGCUUCAGCGACAUUGGCGUCCAGCACCUCUCCAGCCAUGUCCACGCCCAGAUCUUCCCCGGCACAAGCACCUCUGCGCCACCCGAGCUCGUCGAACUCUCCAGGGACCACCUCAAGCGCCAUGACCUGCUGGGCAAGAACCAGGACUCGACCCCGCCCGUCGGCUUCGACCUGCCCCGCCUGCAGGGCGCCACCCUCGACGAGCACUUCCACAACCUGGGCAGGGACGCCGCCGAGCCGUAUCUGUCCCUGGCCAAGACACUCGAACACGCGAAUCCUCCGCCAAAGCCACAGAAAUGGGUGAGGCGGAGCGGCUGGACAAAGUACAACAGCGACGGCACAACAGAGGCGGUCGAUGCUCCCAACGAGACGAUGCUGACCUUUGACACCGAGGUCAUGUGGAAGGAGACGUCGUUUGCCUGCAUGGCAUGCGCAGUCAGUCCCACAACCUGGUAUUCGUGGCUCUCACCGUGGUUGCUGGGCGAAAAAGACUCGGACCGCCACCUAAUCCCCCUCGGAGACCCCUCACAACCGCGCAUAAUCGUCGGACACAACAUUGGAUACGACAGGGCGCGCAUAGCCGAGGAGUACGACAUUCGCCAGUCGAAAAACGCCUUCAUCGACACAAUGUCCCUGCACGUCGCCGCCAACGGCAUGUGCUCGCGCCAACGACCUUCCUGGAUGAAGCACAAGAAGACCCGGGAGAUGAUGGACAAGAUUGCCACAGCCGAGGAGAAUGCAGACCUUUCGCACUUGCUCAAUCAAGAUAUCGUGCUCGACGCCGAGGAGGAGGAGUUGUGGGUAGAGAAGAGUGCCAUCAACUCUCUCCAAGAAGUUGCCCAGUUCCACUGCGGAAUCACCCUCGACAAGGCACAACGAGAGUACUUUGGUGAAUUGAAUCGGGAAGGGGUAUGCGAGAAGCUGGACGAGUUGCUGGACUAUUGUGCGGGCGAUGUCGAGAUAACACACAAAGUCUACCAAAAGGUCUUUCCAUUGUUCAUGGAAUCCUGUCCGCACCCAGUCAGUUUCGCCGCCCUUCGCUUCUUGGCUAGCGUCAUUCUCCCAGUCAACGAAACCUGGGAUGCAUACAUCCACAACGCAGAAGCGACCUAUCAAUACCUCGACACCGCUGUACGGGAACGACUGCUGGACCUGACGCAGAAGGCGCUCGAGCUCAAAGAUCAACCCGAGAUAUACAACAACGACCCAUGGCUGAGCCAGCUCGACUGGUCCGGCCAGGAAGUGAAGAUGGUCAAGGGGAAGAAGAAAGACGACCCUCCACGGCCAGCAGCCCGGCAAAAAAUGCCGGGCAUGCCAAAGUGGUACAAAGACCUGUUCGUAAAGGCCGACUCGCCGAUAAACCUCACUGUCCGCACAAGAGUAGCGCACCUCAUGUUGAAGUUGUCCUGGGAUGGACAUCCGAUGGUAUGGUCAGACGUCUACGGCUGGACGUACCAAGUACCCAUGGACGAAGUCUUUGCCUACAAUCAAAAGGGCAUGAUGGAGCUGGACAUGACUGAGGAGGAUAAUCUGAAGCUGCGUGACGACACAGCACAUCGGUACUAUAAGAUUCCUCACAAAGACGGUCCGCUAGCACGAUGCGCCAAUCCCCUGGCAAAGGCUUAUUUGUCGUACUUUGAAAAAGGUACCUUGUCAUCCGAGUAUGCAUACGCCAAGGAAGCUCUCGAAAUGAAUGCAUCUUGCUCGUAUUGGAUCAGCAGCCGGGACCGCAUCAUGUCGCAGAUGGUCGUCUACAAUAAAGAACUCACCAACAGGCCCAAACUCAUAUCCGCCGCGACCAAAGGAAAGGGCAAGAAAGUCGGCUUCAUUCUCCCGCAGAUUAUCCCCAUGGGAACUGUCACCCGCCGCUCCGUAGAAAAAACCUGGCUCACAGCCAGCAACGCCAAGAAGAAUCGCGUAGGCUCAGAGCUCAAGUCCAUGGUUCGUGCACCACGGGGUUACUGCUUUGUCGGUGCCGACGUAGAUUCGCAAGAACUUUGGAUCGCGAGUUUGAUUGGUGACUCGACGUUCAAACUUCACGGUGGAAAUGCAGUCGGGUUUAUGACGCUCGAGGGCACCAAAGCAGCGGGUACGGAUCUACAUUCGAGGACAGCCGGUAUCUUGGGCAUCUCUCGAAACAAUGCCAAGAUUUUCAACUACGGCCGCAUAUACGGUGCUGGCUUGAAAUUCGCCGCCACGCUGCUGCGACAGUUCAAUCCAGGGUUGACCGACGAACAGACGGCAAAGACGGCCGAGGCUUUGUACCUGGAUACCAAGGGCAAGAAAACAUUGAAGAAGCCACUGCGCGCGCGGCCUUUCUGGCGCGGAGGAACAGAAUCCUUCGUCUUCAACAAACUCGAGGAUUUCGCGGAGCAAGAGCGUCCCCGCACUCCUGUCCUGGGCGCCGCCAUCACCGAAGCGCUGCAACGCCGCUACCUCAGCAAAGGCGGGUUCAUGACGAGUAGAAUCAACUGGGCUAUCCAGUCCUCUGGAGUCGACUACCUCCACCUAUUAAUCGUAUCCAUGGACUACCUGACCCGGCGCUUCAACCUCGACUCCCGCCUCUCCAUCACAGUCCACGACGAGAUCCGCUACCUCGUCAAAGAAGAAGACAAAUACCGCGCCGCCAUGGCCCUCCAAGUCGCAAACAUAUGGACGCGCGCCAUGUUCUCACAACAAAUGGGCAUCGACGAACUCCCGCAGUCCUGCGCCUACUUCAGCGCCGUCGACAUCGAUAAAGUCCUCCGCAAGGAAGUAGACAUGGACUGCAUCACGCCCAGCCACAAAGACCCAAUCCCCCACGGCGAAUCCCUCGACAUCACCGCCCUCCUCGAUAAAGGCGACCAAGCUCGUCUGGACCCGGAUAUCGUCCCCACACACCCCCCGCGCGUCGAACAGUACGCGUCGAGUUACGUCCCGCGCACACCCGUCAUGUCCGCCCUCGACGCCAAUGAUAAUACAGACCCCGCAAAUGCCCUCGCAUACCUCAAAGCGCAAAUCUCCUCCUCAGACGAGGAACUGCGCGACGUCCUCCGGACUGUCGUCCUCCCGCCCCGUAAACCUUCCACACGGACACGCGUCUCGGAGGCGCCGGCUAAUGCCCCGGAGAAUGAAUUAGAUGAUUAUCAGCAGAUUAGCGCGACGAUUAUGCAUUAUCAGGAGAUGGCUAAGAAGUUGCCGUGGAGUAGUGAUGAAGCGCGCGAGGUCUUUGCGGACUGGGCAUAUACAAACCAAAGCCAGGCCUUAUCUCUUGAGCAUCACGCAGGGCAGGGUGGGGUAGGCGUUCUUGAGAAUGAGGAGGUGGGAGGAGGGGCUGGGGAGUAUGGUAUUGUGAACGGGGGAUGGUGGAGAUAG